AGCCACCCGGCAGUAGUUGCGGAGGUCAGGCACGCCUACUUCCUUUUUCUCUUGGUCUGGGCAGCAGCGGCGGCGGCGGCUUGUGCAGCAAUGGCCAAGAUUAAGGCUCGAGACCUUCGCGGCAAGAAGAAGGAGGAGCUCCUGAAACAGUUGGACGAUCUCAAGGUGGAGUUGUCCCAGCUCCGUGUCGCCAAAGUGACAGGCGGCGCGGCAUCCAAACUCUCCAAGAUCCGAGUCGUUCGUAAAUCCAUCGCCCGUGUUCUCACCGUCAUUAACCAGACUCAGAAAGAAAACCUCAGAAAGUUCUACAAGGGUAAGAAGUACAAGCCCCUGGAUCUGCGGCCUAAGAAGACCCGUGCCAUGCGCCGCCGGCUCAACAAGCACGAGGAGAACCUGAAGACCAAGAAGCAGCAGCGCAAGGAACGGCUAUACCCACUGCGGAAGUAUGCCGUCAAAGCCUGAGUCUUACAUUGUCAAUAAAAACACAAAACUGGCUGAUCUUA